UCAAAUUUCUUUCCAUCUGGAUCAAUAUCUUUCACAUUGAAAAUAUCUUCAAACAAUACACCCGCCAUUUCGAACCGGCACAACUACAACCACUACGUUCCAUACGGAAGUAAGCUAAAUCUAAUAAUCUACAUUUGCUUGACACAUGAAUUGACGACUUCCAAUGAAAAGUUCACUUACUGGUAUAAAUAAUGAAAUUACUUUGUAGAGUUUCUAUAAAAUAUUUUACCGACAUUUCUCUGUAUGGUUCAAGGAUUAUAUACAUUUUGUUGAUUUCAUUAGUUACAUCUGUUAGCAUGGCGACUCUUCCUCCACGGAAAAAUCCAACACCAACCAAAAUAUCAAAACAGCAUUUAUCCCCGUUACAAAUACUGUUGCAGAUGGGCUUUCCUAAGCACAGAGCAGAGAAGGCUUUGGCUGCUACAGGAAACAGAGGUGUACAGCUUGCUUCAGAUUGGUUAUUGGCACACGUUAAUGAUCCAACCUUAGAUGACAACUGUCCCCGUGAAUACAUCUUAUAUGUGUGCCCAACUGGCCCAUUCCUAGAACAACUGCAAGCAUUUUGGGAAAAAUCAUUAGCUCAGUGUGGCUGGAAUGGUGCUCACAACUUUAUGCCUCAUAUCACAUUAGUUUCAUUUUUUAAGGCACCUGACGAAUGUGCCCAGCAGCUGGCCAGAACACUGAAACAUGUCGUUGAAUCACAGAAUGUGAAUCUCUGUGAGACACUGAAAUUAGAAAUCUAUGUUUCGCAGAAUUUUAUGGGUUUCUUUGUUGCUGAGGAACAUGCAGAUCUACUUAAAAGGAUGGCUAUGCAGUAUGUUAAGGAAGUGUCAAAUGCAAUAAUUAACGAUAAUUAUGAACAUCUUGAUGCCCUCUCUGCUUGUUUCCCAUGGUGCACUACUGCCACAGAUAGAUAUGUACCUCGAGGAGUCAAAUCUAUUACCCUAGAGCCCCAUGUCAAGUCACUACACCUGACGUUAGCAUACCAGUUUGCGCCAGCACAGUUUACUGCCCUUAAGACACUUGUGGAGGAGCUAGACCCCUCCGCCCCAGCAACUUGGGAGCUGCGCCUCUACUCUCGAGAUACACGUGUCACUUCUAAACAGGUCCAUAAUGUGUUGUAUUCAUAUGCGCCGAGAGAGUCAGAUGAACUGGAAUUGAGGAUUGGUGACUACAUCUGCCUGAGCAGUGAAGCCCUUAAUACUUCACCUGAUGGUUGGGUAGAAGGCAUAUCGUGGUUGACUGGUUGUAGUGGUUAUUUACCAGAAAAUUAUACAGAACGAACAGCAGAAUCUGAUGCAUGGACCCUGCACAGAACAGUACCACUAAGCAAGAUGAAUAAUUCAGAAGAUCUGGAAGGAGGAGACAGUGUCAUGUCCUUACCACAGCAAAUGCCUGCAAGUCAUCAUGAACAAGAGGGAAGUAUAGGAGAUAUCCCAAGCAGCAACAAAGCCUCUGAUGCUACUAGUGACUCAAGUGAGGAUAAGCAAGCCCCUUCACAAGUGACAGAAGUUAAACCAUUAAUCGAAAAAGUGAUCACACCCGAGCCAAUCCCAGGUCCACGUCAUAUUUACAUCAUCAGGCAUGGAGAAAGGGUGGACUUUACGUUUGGAACAUGGAUUCCAUACUGUUUUGAUGAAACAGGAAAAUAUAUGAGAAAGGACUUAAAUAUGCCAAAAACUGUUCCAUCUCGAACAAGUGGACCUCAGGGUUUCUUCAAGGACUGUCCAUUAACCAACGUUGGGGUACUUCAAGCCACCCUGACUGGCGAGGCUAUGAGGGAAGCAGGGGUCACAAUACAUCAUACAUACUGUUCUCCAUCUCUACGCUGUAUACAGACUUGUAGCGGAGUACUGAAAGGUUUGGGUCAAGUAGAAAGUCAGCCUAUUGCUAUAGAGCCAGGUUUAUUUGAAUGGCUUGCCUGGUAUCCUGAUUCAUUGCCUGACUGGAUGUCACUACAGGAGCUCCAGGAAGCAGGCUACAACAUCAAACCAGAAUAUAAACCAUUUGUUCGUGCAGAGGAGCUUCACGAUCGACGGGAAAGUACUGAACAGUUUUACAUGCGCAGUUUCUACCUCGCACAAAGUGUUAUCAAGAGCACAGCAGACAGAGGCGGUAACAUUUUAUUGGUGGGACAUGCUGCAACACUGGAUGUAUGCUCACGUCAACUUUGUGGAGGUCCACCUCGCACAAGUCAAGAAAUGACACGUCUCAUCCAGAAAAUUCCCUACUGCAGUGUGGCCUGUGUUCAAGAUGUUGGAGACAACAAGUGGAAACUAAAGGACGCCCCAUUCCCACCAGUCACUCAUUCCAAUAACAUGCGGUUUGACUGGAAAGUGUUGCUGACAUAAUGUUCUGCAUGACAAACAUAGAAUCUGACCCUGCUUGAUCAGCUGUGCUUACAAGGAAGCAGUCGUUAAUAUCCCAAUCCUGCAUUAUGCUGUUCCUUUAUAGAACCAAGUUCUAGUUGUGCAUAUUUAUUAUGGAAAGCAUACAGUAAUGAUGAUCAUGCCCAUUUACUGUCACAUACAUUUAGUACAAAUAUUUUCAUAAAAGUUCAUAACUCGAUGCUAUUUCUGAACUUUUGUUUGUUUAUGAACAAAUUCUUUGAAUACUGAAAGUGUUAUGAAUGCUAACUAGCAUCAAACAACAAAAAAGGUUAAUGUAUAUCUUACCGUUCCAGUAAGAGCCAUAACAAAGGGAAGAUACUGAAUGACCCUGUAUGAUGUAAAGUUAUGGCCCAAAUGUUCAAAAUUAAAAAAAGUCUCUGAUCUCAAAAACACAGUGAAAAGUCAUGAUACUUUAAUUCAAAUAAACUGAAGGUGUUUAACAGGGAAAAAAGCACUGUUCAUAUAAUAAAUCUUUCUGUAUUGGAAUAUAUUUCAGACAGAAUAUUCCUGUCACAAAACGCAAAAGAAUUAAGCCCAAGGUGACAAAAUAUAUGUAACAUACCAUUUAACUGUUGUUUCAGUGUUUGAUGCAACUCUUAUAGUGGCGAUCUGAAUGUGUGAUUUAUCCACAAAGAUAACUGGCAAAUGGAAUGGCCUUUCAACAUCGGACACAAAGAGCACAUUCAAGCAAUAUGAAUCACAAAUAGUAACACCAGAUAUUCUGCUCAUACAUUAAACACAGGCCACACACGUAGAAACAUAACCAG